GUCGUUUGGUACAUCAUGGUCCGCACCACCAUUCAAUAAACCAAAUGCAAACUCAAGGCUUCUCAGUGGGACAGGCCCGCAAUAAGAACAGAAGACCCUUACGCAGAGCACAAUCCCAAGAAGCAGUCAGAGGCUCGUUCUCCAUAAACCCCCCUUUAAAGACAACUUGAAGCAGAAGGGCUUUUGUAUGCGGGCAGAACUGUAAACCCAAGGACAGGCACAAACGGACUGGGGCAAGAGAAAGAGGGCACAAACCACGCAGGGUAAUGAAAGUCCACCUCGUGGCCAUGGUAUUGUGUGCUAGUGACUAUGUGAGUUUGUGAAAUCUGCUCUGGAACCGGUGGCCGGGCUGUCUGGUCUGGCACAGCCUCCAGGUCGAAGAGAAGCAGGUGGCUUUGUUCCUGGAAUCGGACUGAGGGAGCUAAACCGGGUUUAAAGAAGGCAGUGUUCCGCAGCGGGAACCUGUAAUCUAAGCUGAGGCUCGGGCAGAGCGCGAAACUCGCUCUCAGGCUUCCGACCCGAGCUGCUGACUGCGCUGGAAGCCCGCAGUGUGGAAGGCCUCCCUGGCUCGCGAGGAGCCCUCUGGGAAGCCGUGGAGCAGGCCCGGCCGCGUCCCCUAGCCACAGCCCGCUGUCCCAAGCUCCCGCCACUUUGCUGCGCAUCCAGCACUACCUUCCUUUUAUAAAUAACACCCACGUGCGCUGGUAAACAAGCUCGCGCGGCUCGCGCUUCCGCGCGCCCUGGGCGCGCCUGUGCUGCGCGCGCCCGCCCUCCGCCGGCACGUGUCAGUCGGCUCCGCCUGCGCCGCUUCGGCGGUGCUCAGGCUCCUCCCCCUCGGCGGGCUGCACGCAGCCCCCGAGUCCUCCAAACACCACCGCUCCCGGGACCUAGCUCCACCCUCGACUGCCAGGCGCGCCCCGCAGAGUGCCCUCCAACUUUCCUCCCCCAAUGACACCUCAUCGCGGCGGGACCCAUCGCCCCAGGCGGCGGCGGCAGUAGCGGCGGAGCCCGGGAGCUCUAGCCUUCCCAGCGUCCCUGUCCCUCCCCCGCUGCACCCCGCCCGGGCAGAGAAGGGAGCGCGAGAGCCCGAGCCUCGGGCGGGCGGGCGGCGAAGAUGGCAGAGGCGCUGGCCUCCCCGGCCCCGCUCUCUCCGCUCGAAGUGGAGCUGGACCCGGAGUUCGAGCCUCAGAGCCGGCCGCGCUCCUGUACGUGGCCCCUGCAGAGGCCGGAGCUCCAGGGAAGCCCGGCUAAACCCUCGGGGGAGGCGGCCGCUGACUCCAUGAUCCCCGAGGAGGAGGACGAUGAAGACGACGAGGACGGCAGCGGUAGGGCCAGCUCGGCCAUGGCGAUCGGCGAUGGGAGCAGCACCCUCGGCGCUGGAAUGCUCCUUGAAGACUCGGCCCUGCUGCUGGCUCCCGGAGGGCAGGACCCGGGGUCAGGGCCAGCUGCCACGGCGGGUGCGCUGAGCGGGGGAACGCAGACGCCGCUGCAGCCUCAGCAGCCGCUGCCACCGCCGCAGCCAGGGGCGGCUGGGGGCUCCGGGCAGCCGAGGAAAUGCUCGUCUCGGCGGAACGCUUGGGGGAACCUGUCCUACGCCGACCUGAUCACUCGCGCCAUCGAGAGUUCCCCCGACAAACGGCUCACUCUGUCCCAGAUCUACGAGUGGAUGGUGCGCUGCGUGCCCUACUUCAAGGAUAAGGGCGACAGCAACAGCUCUGCGGGCUGGAAGAACUCUAUCCGGCACAACCUGUCCCUGCACAGCCGGUUCAUGCGGGUCCAGAAUGAGGGAACCGGCAAGAGCUCUUGGUGGAUCAUCAACCCCGACGGAGGGAAGAGUGGGAAGGCGCCCCGGCGGCGGGCUGUCUCCAUGGACAACAGCAACAAGUAUACCAAGAGUCGUAGCCGCGCAGCCAAGAAGAAAGCAGCCCUGCAGACAGCCCCCGAGUCAGUGGAUGACAGCCCCUCCCAGCUCUCCAAAUGGCCAGGGAGCCCCACGUCCCGCAGCAGUGAUGAGCUGGAUGCAUGGACGGACUUUCGCUCGCGCACCAAUUCCAAUGCCAGCACAGUCAGUAGCCGCCUGUCGCCCAUCCUGGCAAGCACAGAGCUAGAUGACGUCCAGGAUGAUGAUGCGCCACUCUCCCCCAUGCUCUAUAGCAGUUCAGCCAGCCUCUCACCCUCCGGAAGUAAGCCGUGCACCGUGGAGCUGCCACGGCUGACCGACAUGGCCGGCACCAUGAAUCUGAACGACGGGCUGGCUGACAACCUCAUGGAUGACCUGCUGGAUAACAUCACACUCCCAUCGUCUCAGCCAUCCCCCACCGGUGGGCUCAUGCAGCGGAGCUCUAGCUUCCCAUACACCACCAAGGGCUCUGGCCUGGGCUCCCCGACCAGCUCCUAUAACAGCAGCGUGUUUGGCCCCUCGUCUCUGAAUUCCCUGCGCCAGUCUCCCAUGCAGACCAUCCAAGAGAACAAGCCAGCUACCUUCUCUUCCAUGUCACACUAUUUUACCCAGACACUCCAGGACCUGCUCUCUUCAGACUCACUCAGCCACAGCGAUGUCAUGAUGACCCAGUCGGACCCCUUGAUGUCUCAGGCCAGCACCGCUGUGUCUGCCCAGAACUCCCGCCGGAACGUGAUGCUUCGCAAUGACCCGAUGAUGUCCUUUGCCGCCCAGCCUACCCAGGGGAGUUUGGUCAAUCAGAACUUGCUCCACCACCAGCACCAAACCCAGGGUGCUCUCAGUGGCAGCCGUGCCUUGUCGAAUUCUGUCAGCAACAUGGGCUUGAGCGAUUCCAGCAGCCUUGGGUCAGCCAAACACCAGCAGCAGUCUCCCGCCAGCCAGUCUAUGCAAACCCUCUCGGACUCUCUCUCAGGCUCCUCCUUGUACUCAACUAGUGCAAACCUUUCCGUCAUGGGCCAUGAGAAGUUCCCCAGCGACUUGGACCUGGACAUGUUCAAUGGGAGCUUGGAAUGUGACAUGGACUCCAUUAUUCGUAGUGAACUCAUGGAUGCCGAUGGGUUGGAUUUUAACUUUGAUUCCCUCAUCUCCACACAGAACGUUGUUGGUUUGAACGUGGGGAGCUUCACUGGUGCUAAGCAGGCCUCAUCUCAGAGCUGGGUGCCAGGCUGAAGGAUCACUGAGGAAAGGGGAAGUGGGCAAAGCAGACCCUCAAACUGACACAAGACCUACGGAGAAAACCCUUUGCCAAAUCUGCUCUCAACACACGGACAGUGACACCGUUUACAGCUUAACACCUUUGUGAACCCCAUGCCAUUUUCCUAACCCAGCAGAGACUGUUAAUGGCCCCUUACCCCAGGUGAAGCACUUACCUUGGAACAGAACUCUCUAUCUAAAGUAUGCAAAUCUUCCUUGUACGGGGGUGAUGCGCCACCUGCCAGCCAAGGACAGCACCCCGCCAGCACCGCCCACCCUCGAUCAGAGCACACCGUGAGCCCCGGUUGGCGACUGUGUGGUGUUUUCAUACCGCAGUGGUUUAUGGGAUGUUUCAAGUGUUGUUUCGUGUUUGUUUUCCUUUGACUUUCUGAGUUUUUCACAUGCAUUAACUUGCGGUAUUUUUCUGUUAAAAUGUUAACCAUUCUUCCCCUGGCAGAUUUAAAAACAGAAGGAAACUGUACCAGUUACCAUUUUGGCUUUGGGCAUCACAGGGGUUUGAGCCAUGGAACUCCAUAAACUAACAAUUACAUAAA